UUUGACGGCUACUGCAGCAUAAGGAGUGCAACUAAAUACGUCUAUUUUUAGUGUUGAUAAGCGAAUUGGAAAGGGUUAAUCCCACCGUGUGCGGUGACUUCUGAAUACAAUUACCUUUUUCAAACGUACCCGAGAUGGAAAGAGAAAUAUGUAGCCUGUUAAAACUUGUGGAGAUUAAGAAGAAACAGUAUGACCAAGCAUGUUUGGCCUGCAGUAAUUUGCUUCAGCCAUGGCCAAGAAGCCUUCCAGCAGAAGAGAAAUGUCAAGAACUUUGCAAAGAUGAAAAUAGUGUAACCUGCUAAAAUCCUUUCAGCCGCAUCGCCAUUAGAUCCCAGAGAAGAAGCUGAUGUCAAAUUGAUUAAUGAUCUUUUGUCCAGAGCACAAGUAACUCGCAGCAAGAUAGGAAAGAACUUCAAACAACCUGGGAUCAGACAUCUACAACAUCAGACUGUAUUGCAAAAAACUGAGAAAGCAUUUGAUGAUUGUGUUGUUGAUACAUUAGAAAAUGCAGACAAAUCAGAACCUCAACCCAGCCUAUCUCCACCAAAAUCUGAGAUCUUGCCAGACAAAAGCACAAGACCUAAGUAUUCCAGUUAAAGAUAAUCCUAUCUCGAAACAAAAAGCAGGCCAGGCAGGAGAAAUUAAAGAGCACUCAUCUUUGUCUGUAACUUCAUCUAAGCUAAGACAACCUGUCAAAGAUCUUGUAUCUCUAAAGCAGUCCAAAAGCUUUGAUGAUAAAAGUAGUUUGCAAAAGAUGACGGCUUUGCCAGCCAGUGGUCGAUCAUUUGUGAAACCAGCACAUUAUACAGCUCCUUUCAAAACAGAUCCAAACCUUCCUGUUCCCAAGCGUCGCCAACUUCAGAAAUCUGCCAUUAGAGCACCGGCUGCAAAGGAGAAGAUUUCAUUGCAUAGAAAUGUUGAGAAAAGACCAGCAAAAUCAGUUGGGAGCAAGACUGGAAUAUUGUGUGAUACAGAUCUUUGUGAAAAUGCAAGAUUAGUAAACAGAGUAGGAAAUAAUGAGAGAUGUGACCUAGAAAGUGGAGUGAAUGAUGGUGAUUCCCAUCCAAGAAAUGAUGCUGAUGAAGAAAGAAAAGAAUCCUUUAAAGUGUUAGGAAACAUAGAUUCAUCUGCAAGUGAUGUACAGAAGCCUACAGAUAGUGCAACAUGGGGAGGAGCUGCUGGGAACCAGAAACAGCUUACUCUACAGUCUGAGAGAUUAUCCAUCAAUAUACCUGGAAAUCUGAAAAAGGCGUUUGCAAGAAACCAUGAACUUCAAACCAAAUUGUAUGAAAGAAAGGUUAAUCCAAAGGCAGGGCCAGCAAAGCUGAACUUCAUUAAUAAAUUGGAGAGAAAGUUUAAUGGAGAUGAGGAAAUGGUUAGCCGACACCGAGCAUGGCACUGCUGCUAUGCUUUCAAGAGAUUAGAAAUUCUUCUGGAGAGUCUCAGACUUGACCAUUUUACAGAAUCAUCUUCAGCAGAUGAAGUCUUGCGAGCAAAACUUAUUACAGAGUUUAUUUUGUCAUCUUUUGAGGAGUUGUCAGAAGAAGCAGAUAUCAUCAGCAAAGUCCAUUUCAGGCAGAAAGAUGAUGGUUCAACAAACAUUGUAUCAUUUCCUUCAAGACAGCUUGAAAAACUCAGCAGUCCACCCCACAUAUUCCUUCCUGCUCAACUGCAAGAUCAGAUUUCUUUACCACAAACCCCCUUCUACAAUAUUCAACUAUAUCUGAGCUUUGUCAAUACCUGGAGAAUGUGUUUGAGCUACAGAACACAACACUACAGAUUCAUCUAACUAAAAUGGCUAUGUCAGAUGUUUUACCUCUCUUGGAAAGCAUGGACCCCCAAGAACCAGACUUUCCAAUGGCAUUAAGAGGAGUGUAUGCUCUGCUAUCAUCAAAUGGUCAACACUUUCCGACAUUUGUGGGCAAUGAAUCCAGUUGAGUUGUUUUCAAAGGCAUAAAUGAAAUAAAGGAAUGACAGACU